AUGCUCUGGUUACUCGACCCAAUUGCUCCCAAAGACAAGGGUCGCAAAUGUCUUGUUUUGGAUCUUGAUGAAACACUUGUUCACAGUGCAUUCAAAGUUGUACCUCAACCAGAUUUUGUGGUACCAGUCGAGAUUGACCAUCAGGUUCACGAUGUAUAUGUACUCAAAAGACCAGGUGUAGACGCUUUUAUGAAACGAAUGGGAGAGAUUUAUGAAAUCGUAGUCUUUACAGCCAGUCUUUCAAAGUAUGCAGAUCCGGUCCUUGAUAUUUUCGAUCGGCACAACGUCGUACAGCAUCGAUUAUUUCGUGAAUCAUGUUUCAAUUACAAGGGCAACUAUGUAAAGGAUCUCUCUCAAUUGGGACGCGACCUGAGCAAGGUCAUCAUUCUCGACAAUUCUCCUGCUAGCUAUAUCUUCCACACUGCCAACGCGGUCCCUGUAUCAUCCUGGUUUAAUGACCCUCACGACUCUGAACUCUUGGAUCUCAUUCCCUUUUUAGAAGACUUGGCAACCGUAGACGAUGUCACCGAUAUUCUUGAUAAUACCAUUCCAGGUCCAUUUUCCCACCUCUGA